AUGGCCCACAAAAACCAUUGGGAUCUAUGCAAAUUACUCACGCACACUGCUGUAAUAAAUAGUGCAACGAAGCCGCUUAUUUUUGGCCUUUUUCGAAAUUUUGACUUGGAGAAGAAAAAAAUGUAUCUUUUGAACAAAAGACAUAGAUUUUCGAAAUUUCAUUAAAUUUUCCAAAAUAUCUUCCGAAAAUUCAAAUGAAGGAAACUAACAAUCUCGGACUUUGAAGAUUUUCAGUUUUGGGAAAAGUUGAACAGAAUAUACUUUUUCUCCAUGUAAAACUGUCUUAGUAGUAAAAGGAUAAGGAACAUUAAAAUAUUUAGUGACAGUAGUUCAGCCAAAGAUCGGAGCAUCUUUCAGGAAAAAAGACGUUUCCGUUCGAUGAAUGUCAGAGUGUCAAAAAAGGAAACACCUCUGCAACUCCCAGGAGAAUUUUUCCUUCCAGUUUUUAAUGGCAGAACGCUGUGCUCAAGGGCUCCGUUAAUCUUGAUUUUGCUGGAAAUAUGGAAAUGAGACUUUUUUUUCUGAAAUACACACACAACUGAGAAACCAUAUUCACAGCUUGUGGGCAAAAGAAGCAGUUACUCAUAUAUUUCCGAUUGUAUGGGCGUUUGAAUGUAAAUAUAAUUUUUUCAAAAAACAAUUCGAGAAAAAAAUCCUGAUGAUUUUUAGGACCACGAGCCGGACCCAAUCUGCCGCCAGAAGAACCAGAUGUCGUUCGAGGGCUUCACAAGAUUCCUCUGCGAUCCAAUCAAUUUCGCGUUUGUUCCUGAAACAAUCGAGCCGGAAGAGGAUGAGCUGAAAUUCCCGCUUUCGCAUUAUUACAUCAACUCCAGUCACAAUACGUACCUGACUGGCCAUCAGCUCAAGGGGCCGAGCAGUUCGGAAAUGUAUCGACAGGUCAGUCUCUGAGAAAUCUCCUCGAUAAAUGAUUUUUCUUAUGUUUCCAUUUCAAUUAAAAAAAGCUGUAAACUCCAAACAACUCAUCAACUUCAACGACUCAAAUUUAAAAAUGUUGUCUUCCUUCUCCUAAGAUCCCGGAGCAACAAAUAAAAAUCCUUUUUUACAUGUAAGAAAUUUUGGCAGUUGGAAAGUAUCAAAGUAGUUUUUUUUUCUAUUUCAGAAGCGUACGCCUCAAGAUUUAUUAAUGAGGCCUCGCUCUGAACGCAAACAAACGCACUAAGACUGGCCCAAAGAUCACAAAGCGCCAUAAAGUUCUGAAUACAUCAUUUCAUGGCUGGAUGCUUCAACUGGAUAAUUUCAUACUGAUUUUAUCCAUCUGAGUUUAGCGAAAAAAUUGAAAAAGAAGGAUGCCUCCCCGUUUUUGCUCCUUUUCGUUCCCCUCAAUAAUUUCUAUAUUGAAUUGCACAACAAAAUUUGGCUUCUUUUCCUAUUAUUCUCUAAGGAGCAGCUUCUUUUCAUUCCAAUUAAGGAUUCUUAGCUUCUGACGAACGUCAAUUGCAGCAUCCUAUUAAAUAUUUUAGCUCUCUGUGAGGCCAUUUCUUCACCUCAUUAUGCCUUGAAACGGUGUUUCGCGAAGAAAGUCUCAUGAUUGUUUGCUUUUUCUUUUUUUCCCUCAAGACUUGAAAUUAAGAUCUUUUUAGGUUUAAUCCUAUAAUGGACAGGAAUGAAGAAUCGGAUUUUCGCAGUAAUCCUUGAGGUCAAAAAUCAAAAAUGUAUAAACUUUCAGGUUCUUCUCACGGGUUGUCGUUGCGUAGAACUGGACUGUUGGGAUGGCGACGACGGCUUGCCUUUGAUUUACCACGGACAUACUCUCGUCAGCAAAAUAGGCUUCCGACAGGUUUCCACGCUCAUUUGUCAACUUUCAAAUCUUCUUCAAGGUUGUCGAAAUAAUAAAGAAGUCAGCAUUUGUGACUUCGGAUCUGCCAGUCAUUUUGUCGAUCGAAAAUCACUGUUCUCUUCAGCAACAGGCCAAAAUGGCUCAAAUGUUCAAGGUAGUGCGACUCAAUAAAAAUAAACUCAUAUUAAUUUCAAGACGGUGCUCGGUGAUCUUCUUGUGACGAAUUUCCUCUUCGAAGCAGAUUUUUCGGAUUUGCCUCGGUUACCUUCUCCAUGGCAACUGAGAAACAAGAUUCUGAUCAAGAAUAAGAAAAUGAUCGGUUUGAUCAUAAUCCAACGACGAAACAGAGAGUUGAACGUUUUCAGUCGAGCCACCAACGCCGUUGCCUAUUUUGGACCGGUCGAUACCUAGAGGGGAAACUCAACUGGCUUUGCAUCGAAAGCAGAGCAAGAACAGUUACGAGAGCAGGUGAAUAACGCGAAAAAAAACGUCAGAAAAAAAAAAAUCUGAUUGCGAAAGUUUUUCGAGAAUUCACCGUAAUUGUAGAAGUUCAAAAAAACGGUGUAAAAUGUCGUAGAAAAUUGAUUAAAUUUAUGACAGGUUCAUUUUGGGCACCUAUUAGUGAAAAUAUUAUGUUGAAUUCGAAUUGGUCCAUAUUAAAGUAUCUAGAGCUAGCUUUUAAAAUAAAAUUUUUCAGCAAUUCAAAUUCGAUCAUGUACCGGUCUAGGUGUGCUUUUUAAAGUUUUUUCUUGGCACGAAAUCAUUAUUUUUCACUCACACACUUCUCAGUUUUCUUGUGCAAAUUGUGUUCUUAUUUUUCGAAUCUAGGUUCUCGUAGGAUAUAUUUUCUUUGGUUAUCUGUUUCGCAUGAAGACAUUUGUGUUUUGUGAAUAUGCGUAGGGAAUCUCACUUUUCAGUACGGUCGAUGAAGUGGAAGAUGACGACUUGGACGAGUUCCUUGAUGAAGAGGAUAACGAAGAUGAUGAUCAAGAAGGUAGAAAAAACAAAUAAAAACUUAUCCCGCAAUUGAGAAGCUUCAGAUGACCCAGUGAGAAACGAUAAGAACCUGGUGGACAGUCCGAAGCCAGUCAAACGAGCACCGAAAACGUCAGAAACGAUGAAGCAAGACUCAAUGAGCAGUGAGCAUAGUGAGCAGAACAAGCCGACUACAAGCAAAACUCUGGUAAAACUAUUCAGCUUUUUGAGGAAAAUAAAAGUUUACAGAUGGUGAAUGAGCCGAAAAUUGAAGACGAUCCGAUUUACGCUCAACUCGUGUCUGUUCCUGGAGGACCACGUCCGCCACUCAGAAAAAUGAACACUGGCGUGCAAAUUGCUCCAGAACUUUCUGACAUCGUCAUUUAUGUUCAGGCGACCAAGUUCAAAGUAAAAAUGAAAACUAUGCCGUUCCGAAUUGAAGCGAUCUUCAGGGAUUUCCUGUGGUCGAAGGAAUUCAAUCUCCCAGGAUCACUGACGAACAACCGUCAUCAGCAAGUUUGUCGUUUUCUUCGAGGGCCAGAACACCGUCAAACCUUCUGAAUACACCAACGCCGCCCAGAAGACAGAGAAGUAGUACUCAACUAAGUCAGGUAAGAUAUUCGUGAAUUUUGAAGGCCUUAACUUGAAUUAUAGGAGCUCCUCGGAGCGGAUUCUCCUUUUGUGAGUACAGGAAGGCCAAACGCCACAGCCACAUGUUAUCAGGUGAGUCGGAAGUUCAUUGAUACUAAUCUCAGUUUGCUGUGAAGCUCCUUUUGACUUUUAUCUGGGUCACGUCUCUGAAAAAAAAAAAAACUCCGAUCGAAAAAAAAGUCCUAAACAUAAAAUAGUUCAAUAUACCCCCAGAGCAAAAAAUACCCAAGUUACAAGUCUUUUCUACAUUUUUUAAUGGCAAAAUUCGAAAAAAAGAAUUUUCUCUUUUUGAACAUGAUUCAUUCAGGUCACGUCUUUGAAUGAAAACGCAGCGAAAAAACUGAUGAAACGGCAUCCUUUCAAGUGCAUUUCCUACACUCGUGACCAUGUAAUCAGGAAAAAAAGUCUUCAACCUAACAUGAUAAAUUUAGUUAAUCCGAACAUAUCCUUCCGCUAAGCAUUACGACUCUUCGAAUUUCAAUCCUAUCAACUGCUGGGCGCACGGAAUGCAGGUCUCAUUUCCUUUCCCAAGAAUGAUACAUGAAAAUACAAAAUUGAAGAUGGUGGCUUUGAACUUUCAAACUCCUGACGUCAUCAUGGCUGUGAACCAAGCAAUGUUUGAGCAAAGCAGCAACUGUGGGUCAGAUUAAAGAAAAUCUUCAACAGACCUCAAAUUUUCUCUUUUUCCAGCUAUCAACUCAAGCCACGCUGCCUUUGGGACGAUUCUCACCCUCUGUAUAACAAAUUUUAUCCUUUGACCAAAGACGUUGCAGGGCAUUCUGCUCUUUUGCUCAACCUCACUGUCAGCCAGCAUUUUAUCAAUUUCCUUCAAUAAUCUUUCUGCAGGUGAUUUCUGGACAACACGUGUAUCCCAAUACUCAUUAUGCUAGUUUGUACGUUGAAGUCGAGGUGAUCGGUGUACCGAUCGACUGCGCAAGAGUGAGCUUUCCAAUUGUUUCUUCAUGAAAUGAUUAUUGUUUCACAGGAAAAGUCAAAAGUGGUCCAAAGAAAUUCUGUGAAUCCUAUUUGGAACCACACAACGCAACUGCGCAUUGCUUGCGUCGACCUUGCGUUCCUCCGAAUUGCCGUCUGCGACAGUGGUCAAAAUGGGAGAGUCGUCGCUCAUCGAGUUGUCCCCGUCAGAUGUAUACGACCCGGAUUUCGACAUUUGCCUCUGCGCACCAGCACCAAUCAGCCGAUUGACAACGCAAUGAUCUUCAUCCGGUAAUUUCAUCUUUUCUUUCAUUCCGCAAUUUUUUUUUUUGCAGUACUCGAUUCGAGCAAGAAGAACAUAUCUAUUUGCAUGACGAGGACAGCGCUUCUUACUGUAACCUGGAACACACUUUGGCUUACAGAACUGAUAUGGUGAGAAAACUCACGAAAUAAAUUGUGAACUUUUAUUCAGACACCACACCUGUCUCCGUCCCCGAUUCUGAAGAAGCAGAUCUUUGUGCUGCGGAUCACGGGCGCCUUUGCCGACGAAACACCCAUCACAGUUCACAGCGAGAGCGGGAGCACCGUGAAAAAGGUGAUGCAGCAGGCGUUGAUGAACGCCGGCAAAAACGCCGACCAAGUCGAGGAAUACGUUCUCAUAGAAGAGUCAAUACCGGCGAUUCCUGGAGAAGAUCCUGUCGAGCAAAGAGUACCUUAAACACGCAAAACUGAAAACAAACUUCUCAGUUGAAGGUGCUGCCGCUCAACGAGCCGAUAAUGGACGCCGUCGCCUGUUGGAACGGCUCGAUGCGAAGAUUCGUACUUCGCAAGAAAGGCAGUGUGAGUUACGACGACCGGCGGCGCCAGCGAAAAAUAAGCAAAUCGUCCCGAAGACUGAACUGGGCGGCCACGUUUGACGCAUCCACUUUGUCCUCUUCUAAUUAACUUUCUGAUCACAACCAUUUUAAUGUAUUGAUUAACGUAUGGAACUCUGGAUUGGACAAAAAGCUUGACUUGGAAAAAAAUCAUGAAAAUUCAAUGUUCCGAUCCAGUAUUUGUGCCUUCACUUAUUUUAACCCGAGAAAACUGUUUUGAUUUGUUCCUACUGUUUGGUCUAUCUUCUAUUUUUCCCACUAUCUUGGCAUCAUUCAAAAGAGAUGAUUUUCCCUUACGCGUCCAAACAAUGUUGUCAACUGGCGACGAGAGGGACUCAGCGGCUGAGAGGCGUGGAAGGUGAGAUUAGUGAGAAUGAUCGAGGAAUGCUCGCCACGCUGAACGGAAUCUUUGAGAUUGUGAGGAUGACACGAUGAUUUGGCUUCAUUUUGGUGGAAAGCGGCGGGGAUGCAUUGCACAUGGUUUCGUUUGUGUUUGCACUUUUUGAUUGAUUUUAUGCCAACCUGUGAAAGUUUCCUGUCGAAUUUCAGAGUGAUAUCGCCUUUUACCUGGAAAACUAAAAUAAAAAUGAAAGUAUACAGAUCUACGUGAGAGUAAUUUCAGUUAAAAUAUAAAUUUCGCGCCAUAUGGGGUACUAAAAAAAAAUUGUGAAACUUAUGUAGGGACUUCUCAGAAAGGGUUUUUUUUUUUCAAUUCAAUUUUUUUGUUUGCAUCCCCACUUUAAAAAUACAGUUGUUUUUAGGAAGUUUCAAACGAUUUCUUUUUUCCAAGAUUUUUUAGUAUAUUUUUAUUGCUUUCUGAUGAUACACCUCGGUGCAUGACAGAUAGAGCUUUUUGAAAAGCCAUUCUUACGACUACCUUACCACAAAUUUCGGACGCGAACUCCCAAGAGUUCCUCAGAAAAUUUUCUAGCAGGACGAAUUUACAUCAUUAUUUUCAUUUUUCGAUUUUGUCCGUUUUACUGCACGAACUUUUUUUUAAACGGAUCUAACAUAUCACCUUAAGUCUGCACUGGUUUGAUUGCGUCUUAUUCUAAUUGCAACAAGGGACUCUGGAAUUUUCCACACUGAAUGGGCCGUUUCUGUUUGUAUGGAGCUUAUAGAGUCUUUUUUCUUAAUCCUCAACUUCCUCAUUCAGGAUCCGUCUUCUCGAGCUUGGAUUACUUCAAUCAUCAAAUCUGGAACUGGCGGAAGUUCGACUUCCGUAUCUCCUUGUCCAGUGCCGAAGGAUGGCCAUGUCAAAAGCGCGUCGAGCACCCAACUUCAUGGAAGAUCGCUUGAUACGGAGGCGUUCGCUGAGCACUUGGACGUUGGAGAAGGCAAGUGUGAGGAGAACUCGGUCAUCAUGAGAUUAGGGAGAGCCGGAGUUGCAGGGCUCAAUCCUAGGGCGAGAUCGAUGGGCGACACCUUCCUGGUGUGCGUUCACAACGUCAGUGAAGAUCAACCCUAUGCGAUUCUCCGAGCUAGCAUCAACAGUACUGCUUCAGACAUCAUCCGACAGGUUCCGUAAUUUCCAUUAUACCAAUGUUUCAAACGUCGUUUUGUUAAGGUGUUUGUGAAAGCUCGUCGACCAAACAUGGACGAGAGCGAGUACGUCCUUGUGGAAGAAACCUGCGAAGACGUGAAGAACGGCACCGGCGGAAGUAUGCUUCAUGCUCUAACACUCGCCCGAAAAAGAAGCAAUGACCGUAGGAUUCUGAAAUAUGAGAUGCACGAUCAUUGUGAUUGUUUUCUUCUGCUCACUAUCUUGAUAGUUAUAGAAAACAACUUCCUUUUCGAACUACAAAAUGGAACGGUUGUCAUCAUUAAUGAAUUUUAGUUGCAGUGACAGCGACGAAAAACGCAGGCAACUCCCGGGCCGUCAGUCGAGUUCUUGGUUCCAAUGACAACGUCUGGAAAGCACAGUCACGUUGGAAAAGCAUGGGUCGUUUCGUUCUGGAAAAUCGGAAGGAUACCGUUCACGCGACUCUCGAGAAAGUGAGGACCUUCAUUUCGCAACUCGAAGCCGCCGCGAGCAUGAGCACUCCUACCGACUGA